CUCUAAUCUCUUUGCAUUAGCCACAGCGCUUAAACUGAGCAGCUAGCUAACAGCAACAAACAGCAGCCGAGACGUAAGUCUGGAGCUUUCGUCAAACGCAAACUCAAUAACCAGGGCUAAAAUGGCCUCUUUAGGAGAACCUGUGCGUCUGGAAAGAGACAUAUCUCGUGCUAUUGAGCUGCUGGACAAGCUCCAGAGAACAGGGGAAGUGCCUCCCCAGAAGCUGCAGGCACUGCAGAGAGUUUUGCAGAGUGAAUUCUGCAAUGCUGUACGGGAGGUAUAUGAGCAUGUGUAUGAGACAGUGGACAUAAAUAGCAGCCCGGAGGUGAGGGCAAAUGCAACAGCAAAGGCUACAGUGGCUGCAUUUGCAGCCAGUGAGGGUCAUUCUCACCCCCGUGUGGUGGAGCUCCCAAAAACCGAGGAGGGACUGGGGUUUAACAUCAUGGGUGGGAAGGAACAAAACUCACCCAUCUACAUCUCCCGUAUCAUUCCUGGAGGCAUCGCUGAUCGGCACGGCGGCCUGAAGAGAGGAGACCAGCUGCUUUCCGUUAAUGGAGUGAGUGUAGAAGGAGAACACCAUGAGAAAGCUGUGGAGCUGUUGAAGGCUGCUCAGGGUACAGUGAAGCUGGUGGUACGGUACACCCCUAAGGUCCUGGAAGAGAUGGAGUCACGCUUUGAGAAGCUGAGGUCUGCCAAACGCCGGCAACAGAACAAUUUCCCCCAGUAGGGCGUCUUGCCUGUGCCCCCCAACCCAACCCGCCCCUCCCAUCUCUCGCUCUCUCUCUCUCUGUCAUUGUCUUUAAUUCUUCUGCCAUCUGUCUUCUUCGUUCACACUCACUCACCCCCUUUCUCCAGCCAGGGAUUAGCCACAUGUUUGGCACUCCUUUUUGUGAAAUUUUCUAAAUCCUCACCUCCUGAACAGUUUUUUAACAGUCUUUUCACAUACUUCUUUCUCAUAGCAUGAACACUACCACAUGGGCUCUGGAUGUUGUCACGUAGACAUCACAUACAUGCACUAUUGGUGCAUUACUAAGAAUGUACUGUCAUUUGGGAUGUUGAUUAGUCAGAUAUGCAAGGGGACCAUUGCAAUGUUCAAAUCCUGAGGUGAUCUGAAUGAAAUUUCAAAAAGUGCCUCGAGAUUUAAAAAAAAAAAAAAAAAAAUGUCUGCAGCCCUCUCAGUAUGUCCCAUCAUAGGCUGUUUUAUGGUCCAAGCUCAAAAUGAGUGAACACUACCACCUUGUUAAAAUGCUAAAGUGUAAAAGUUUUGAAAAGAACAGUGUAUCAUUGAGUAAAGGGUUUAUGGUGUAUUAUUUUCCUAUUUGCUUUUCUUACUGUUUGCCACAGGAAAAAAAAUGAAAAGUUCACCAGAAAUGUUAAAAUCUCACUUUGAAUCUCCGGAGCGUUAAAUGGCAGAGCGGUGCCAUGAGCAUCCCAUCAGAAUUGCUGUUUGCUUCAAACACAAAAUGUCAGCUGUAAAUAUACUCCAGUACGAAAAAUGCCAGACUCAUCCUACUUACUGACCCAAACUGAUUGACUCUCACAUCAUGUUUACAGUACAUGUCCAGCUGAGAUUUUUUUUUAUGUUUCUUCUUUUAUGAAUAGAAAAAUGCUGUGAAAAUUCAGUAAUUGAUAUAUCAGCUCUAUUGAGUAAACAAAUCCAUUUUUAUCAACAAAAAUAGAGAAAAUGAACCAUUUGGGUUUGAUUAGGCUCAUUUUCUUGACAUAAAACAUGUUACAUAUGGUAAUGAUUAUGCCAUUUAAACAGUUUUGAUUGAAAAUAUGUGAAUGGAGUGUUUACAAAUGAUUCAAGCAAACAACAGUUCAGAGGGGAUGUUUGUGGCACUGUUUGGGUGUUAGAUAAAUAGAAAAUUAAUUGAAAAUAAAACAUUUUUGUAGCAUAUGCCCCUUAAAACACAGAAACGCAAUGAAGCAGUCACUAGCUCUUAUUCUAGCUCACAUUCCUGUUUUUAUUUGUAAGAUUUUAAUUUAAAACCUUACAGCAGAAACACUAAGUUUAAAACUGUAGUGGGAGUUUUUUUUUUUUUUUUUUCUCUCUGGCUUUGUUGUAUCGCCAGUUGUUUCAUUACGCUUUCGGAAUGUUAAUGUGGCACUUGCCUUUCAGUCAGCUGUGGGUCCAUAUGUUACGCCCAGUACAUGCUGAUUAUUACAAAGACCUGCAUCAUGUUUUAGAAUCAAUUCACUUAAAUGGUUAUAUUAGCAUAUCAUGAGGUAGCAAACAGCAAUGAAUGCAUAAAUGAAUGUUAAAGAAUGUCAAGCUUAUUCACCAUUCAUUAUAUGAGAGACAUGUCUAAAUGAAGCUCAAGUGAAAUUGAGUCAA